GCGGGAGGAAGGGCCGGCGGGGACGAUGGGCAACGGGAUGUGCUCCCGAAAGCAGAAGCGGAUCUUCCAGACGCUGCUGCUGCUGACCGUGGUCUUCGGCUUCCUCUACGGCGCGAUGCUCUACUACGAGCUGCAGACGCAGCUGCGCAAAGCCGAGGCGGUGGCGCAAAAGUACCAGCAGCACCAGGAGUCCCUGUCCCCGCCCGGGCUGCCAGUUGUGUAUGAACACAGAUCAAGAUUAGAAAAAUCCUUGCAAAAGGAAAGACUUGAACAUAAGAAAGCAAAGGAGGAUUUUCUGGUUUAUAAGUUAGAAGCACAAGAAACACUAAAUAAAGGAAGGCAAGAUUCCAAUAGUAGAUACAGUGCGUUGAAUGUGCAGCAUCAGAUGUUGAAAAGUCAGCAUGAGGAGCUAAAGAAACAGCACAGCGACUUGGAAGAGGAACACCGCAAGCAGGGAGAAGACUUCAGUAGGACGUUUAAUGACCAUAAGCAGAAAUACCUGCAGCUGCAGCAGGAGAAAGAGCAGGAACUUUCUAAGCUGAAAGAGACCGUGUACAAUUUGAGAGAAGAGAAUAGACAACUAAGGAAAGCACACCAAGACAUACAUACACAGCUUCAAGAUGUCAAGCAACAGCAUAAGAAUUUACUCACCGAGCAUGAACAUCUUGUAGUGACUUUGGAAGACCACAAGAGUGCACUAGCGGCUGCACAGGCUCGAGAGCUGUCAUGCCUGGAUAUCCGCUUGGAGAGCACGGGGAGCACAGCCAAGGACUCAGACCAGGACAACCUGGAGCUGGAGCUGGUGCUGACGGGGUCAUAUGAAGACACGCAGACAUCGGCCCUGGGCACAGCCUCAGCCUUCCGCUUUCACUACAUGGCAGCUCAAGAGGCAGAGCUGAGAGGGCGCCUGAGGGUGUCUCGAAACAGCGAUUCGUGGCAGGAUCAUGGAGCCGUGGCUGGAAGAACAGAGGAAACAAAACAGGAUCCUCCCUCUCAGAAGGAGGCCGAACUUCAGGCAGCAGAGCUCCACCAGCCACAGGCGGAAGCCAGGGAGCCCGAGGGGCACCAGGUGGAAGAGGAACAGAGAAAGGCCCUGGAGGAGGAGGCGAUGGAGCAGGUGGGGCAGGCAGAACGUCUGGAGGAGGAACACGACCCAUCCCCAGAGGAGCAGGACCGGGAGUGGAAGGAACAGCGGGAACAGAGAGAAGAUGGCAGGGAAGGGCACGCGCACGCAGAGGUGCGUCCUUCAGCAGAGCCCAUUACCAAAUUCCGAUCUCCGUAUGAGGAGCAGCUGGAACAGCAGAGACUGGCGGUGAGGCGCGCAGAGGAGGCCCAGCGGCUGAGACAGCACCAGGAGGCCCUGCACCAGCAGAGGCUGCAGGGACACUUGCUGAGGCAGCAGCAGCAGCAGCUUCUGGCACAAGAGAUGGCCCGGCAGAGGCAGGCCCGGCAUGAGGAGGGGCGGCCACAGCGCCCCGAGCAGCUACGGCAGCAAGCUCAUUAUGAUGCUAUGGAUAAUGAUAUUGUUCAGGGACCAGAGGACCAGGGCAUCCAAGAAGAAGAAGGAGCCUAUGAGAGAGACAACCAGCACCAAGAUGAGGCAGAGGAAGACCCAGAGAACGGCCACAAGCCUCGAGGACAGGGGCUCCAGGAGGCGGACCCAGACUCUGAGGCAGAUAGGGCAGCUGUGGAGGACAUCAACCCCGCGGACGACCCUAACAAUCAAGGCGAAGACGAAUUUGAGGAGGCCGAGCAAGCGAGAGAGGAAAACCUGCCAGAUGAAAAUGAAGAGCAAAAACAAAGGCAUCAAAAGCAAGGGAACGCGGAAAUGGAGGAGCAUUUGGUGAUGGCGGGAAACCCAGAUCAGCAGGAGGAUAAUGUGGACGAGCAGUACCAGGAGGAGGGCGAGGAGGAGGUGCAGGAAGAUUUGACUGAAGAGAAAAAAAGGGAAUUGGAACAUAAUGCAGAAGAGACCUAUGGUGAAAACGAUGAAAAUGCUGAUGAGAAAAACAAUGAUGGAGAGGAACAAGAAGUUCGAGAUGACAACCACCCCAAAGGCCGAGAGGAACAUUAUGAGGAGGAGGAGGAGGAGGAGGAGGACGGGGCGGCUGGUGCUGAGAAAUCCCAGCAAAGAGCUGAAAUGUAGCUGCGCCCCCCCCCCCAUUUCUUAGCGCUCGGCGGACAGAUUCCUUCAGAAGCUGCUCAGAAAUAACCUGCCUACUGAACUCUAGGGUAUUUAAUUGCAGAAAUUAAGAAUUUAGACUUUUUUUAAACUUUUGUAUUAGAAAUGCACAUACAUUUAUAUAAAUAUAUUUUAAUAACCUAGGUUAGAGCUUCUUUUAUAUUCAAGCUAAACCCAAGCAAGAAAGAAAAAUUUAGGCUCCGAAUCUCUUUCUGUUUCCCAAUGAUUAUGUGAUGUUGGAAAGGACAUCAAUUUUGUAUAUGUUUCAACGUGUUACUUUUCUAUCUCCUAGUUCCCACGUGUUGUAUGCUGUUUGCCUUUGAUAAAAUACAGGAUUUCAAAAGAAGAAAUACUGCAAAAAUGCUGUUGGGAAUUUACGGAGAAUGGCCCGUUUACUAACUGCUCCCUUUUCGAGGUUCUAGUGUAUAUAUAAAAUCUGAUAGACUUUUCACCCGUCUGUGUGUUGCUGGGAUAAGAUCCAUGUACAGAGUGACAUUGUUUUCCAGACUUGUCACAUCAGUUAGAAAAUUAUUUGGCUUUACUUAAAAUCACAGCCCUUCUUCUUGAAAUGGAUUAAAUUUAAAAGUGAGAUAGUACUAAAUUCAUAUGACAGUAUUCAAACAAGGUAUGGCACCUUAGUGCAUUAAGCUUUUUGAAGGGCUGACAUGUUGUUUAAUAACUAAUUGACUGUGUAUGGGUAGUGUUUUCUACAUGAGCACCCUCUCUAUUAUUUUUCCGAAGCGACCUAGCGAAAUUCUUGUUUCAUUAUCUAGUUCCCUACAGUCAUAGAUAUUUCCCCUGUAAGCUCUGUGCCUCAAUAAGUAAUCUCUGAUGACAAGUAUUUAUAAAGGCAUACCAAAAUGUAUAAUUGAAUAGGAUUAUUUUUUUAAAACUAUAUGGUGAGGUACACAUGGUGGUAGGAUAGACCCUGAUGACUUUUCUGCUUGCUGAGGUUGGGUCUGCAUUAUGCCCACAGAGAGGCAUUUUAAUGAUGAUAAAUUAUCAAAAUUCCUUACAAUAAAGAAGCUAAAAAUAAAGAUUCCCUUGGGAUAGAAACAUUUCAAUCUUAAGCAUAAAGAUUUUUAGAUAUAUAAAAUCAGGUUAUAGAAUUCAUGUGUGUGGUUUUGUAAUAAUAAAAACAUUUCAAUUUCUACUGUUGUAUGAAUGUAAAUUUAUUUUUUAGUAACCACACUCAUGUAUGGUUCUGAUUGUCCCAAUUGAGUGAUUGCGUAUAUAUGCCUAGGAAUGUUUGUUCAGAUGUAUUUUGGAUUUUCAGUAAUCAUAAAUCAAAUUUUACCUUUAUGUAUAAAAACCCUUUAUGUAAUGUAAAAUGUAUAAUAUUGUACAUAAUAUUCAGAAUACAAUUAUUUUGGUAAAUUAGUUUGUAUUUUUAAUGUCCUGGUUGCAGUAUUUAAUUAUUUGAAACAUUGAAACUUGGUGAUAGUCAAUAAAGCUAUAAGAAGAAAGCGAUCAA